CCACCUACUAGAUGCCAGCCAUCGGUGACAUUUGAGGAUGUGGCCGUGACUUUCACAGAUGAAGAGUGGAGGCAUCUGCUCCCUGUGCAGAGGGCGCUCUACAAGGCUGUGAUGCUGGAAAACUAUGAGAACAUCAUCUCACUGGGUAAGGAGUCAGAACACAAGGGCAGGGGAUGGCCACCUCUUUGACCCCCACCUGAGUUCAGAACCACCUGACAGACGAAAGGGCCAAAGGAGGUGGCUUUAGGUGUUUAGCUAGUGACCCCAGCCCUGGACAGCUGGACUGCCCUGUUGUUAACGUCACUGAGAAUCCACGGGUCUCCUUGUUCAGCAGCUUGCUUCCACCUGACAAGGGAGUCUGCAGGACAGGGCAGAGCACGUGUCUUGUGGGUAGGGAUCUGGCUCCCCAGAGGCAGCCAGCAGAAGAGUUAAUGUGUCCGGGUCUCCUGGAUGCCAACAGGUAAUGACUCAGUUCCAUUGGGUGGACAGGAGCCAUCUUGGUGAGAGGAGAUAUCAAUCACUUCAUGGAAGACAGAGGAGGACAAAGAAGUGCCCCUGUGGAAAGGAAAAGGUCAUCAGAGAUGUGCUUGAUUUUGAAUGUUUGUCUUAAUGACAAUCUCGAUACCUAUAAAAGGUACUUUGUAAUUAGACUAAUGUGACAAGCGUGUGAUGUGCGAUAUUGCACUCUUGGAUUUUUGAGGGACCCCCCCCCACCAAGCUCCCAAAUAAAUCACAUACACAGGUUUAUUUUCAGUUAUGAAUGCCCGGCUUUAUCUUGGCUUGUUUCUUGCCAGCUUUUCUUAAAUUAUCCUGACUACUUUCUGCCUCUGGGAUUUAUCUUUUCCUUACUUCUGUGAAUCUUCCUUUCCUUCUUACUCCAUGACUGCCUGGGUGGCUAGUUCCUAAUGUCCUCCUCUCCUUGUUCUCUUGCUUCUCCUCUUCCUCAUUUCUCCUUCUAUUUAUACACUCUGUCUGCCAGCCCCUUGCCUUGCUAUUGACCGUUCAGCUCUUUAUUAAACCAUCAGGUGUUUUAGACACACAGCUUCAGAGUUAAACAAAAGUCACACGCCUGAAAAUAAUCUUCCCCAACAGGGAAAUUAAGAGCUUUUGUUCAUGUCAGCUCUUAAUGAAGUAAAGCAAAGUCCUUACAGGUAAUAAGGAACACCCAAAAGCUUCCAGAAAAAGAGGCUGAAGCCAAGCACACUGGUUUGUACUUGUAGUCUUGGCCAGUCUGGAAGCAGGAGCACACAGAUGCAAAAGCCAUUAACAGUCACAUUUAUGUUGCAGGUUUGCAUUGAAAAGCCAACAUUGGGCUGAAGAUGUAGCUAAGUAGUAGAGUGUUUCCUAGCAUGUGCAAGAUGGACACAAACACACACAUCAGCACCUUCUGGAUUAGCUUAAUCAGGGAUAUUAAUUAGUUAAUAUCCAAACUGAAAAGAUUGUUCAGUUGGAAUCAAGGAAGAUCCCGAGAUUUUGUCAGGGGCUUUGGAAGAGAAGAAGCCACAAGAAGGGAUUGGCGUGGUCACUCUGCCAAAAGAGAACCAGUACACACUGGACUGAUGCUUGUAAGGGCCAGGAAGAACAAGGAUCCCUACCUCCCCUAUCUCCCAAGGCAGAACCUUGUCCACGGAGAUGUUAGAGCUCGGUGUUUCCAAGAGUGAGAUUUAAUUUUGUUCAUUUGACUAUAGAUAUGAGUGGCUCUAGAAAUUGAUCCAAAGAAUGUAAUAGGAUUGCCAGUUCAUACGGCAUACCAGGAGAUAGUUCCCAUUCUAUCAUGUGUUAAUAGCAAAACAUUAAAAACAGUAAAAUGUGCUGCGUGGUGGUGGUACAUACCUUUAAUCCCAGUACUCAGGAGGUAGAGGCAGGCCAAUCCCUGUAAGUACUAGGCUAGCCUGGACUACACAGUAGUUCCAGGACAGGCUCCAAAGCUACAAAGAAACCCUGUCUUAAAAAAUGAAAAUCAACAAGAACAAAAAGGAAAAUUCCUGUAGCUAGGACUUACUAUAUUAUUUAUCCAUAUAUUGUGCUAUCAUAUAACCAUUAAACCUUUGUAGAAAAUCUGUGCUAGAUAAAAUUAAUGUUUUAUAUCUACUGCAUGAAAUGAACUUCAGAAAAAAAAAGAACUUCAGUUUAUAACUCAGUAGUGUUUCAUUAUCUAGCUUAGUCCUUAUAACAUUGCAUUCCGUUUUUCUGUAUUUACCUGGGGGGCAUGCAUGUGCAAUAGCAUGCAUGAGAAGGGGAGCGGACAACUUGAGAGAGCUGGGUCUCUCCUUUAACAUGUCAGUUCUAGAGUGUGAACCCAGCUUGGAGGCUUGAUUCACCCAGUAAGACAUCUCCACAGCCCCCCAUUAUCCAGGCUCUAACAGAAUCACAUGUAAGAUCCUCCCAGCAUCAAAAUUAAGUACAUGCAAGAAAUACUAGGAAGAAGUGUGAAAGGUGACUCCAGAUUUCCUCCAGUGAGCACAACCGACUUGUUUCCAUGGAAACAUACUAAGGAUGAUCAGAAAAAUGACAGUGAGUUCCCUCCUUAUGCUUUUUCAGUCAGGAUGCUCCUUUUUCCUUCUCACCUCCUACGCCAAGGGCCUCUACCUGCCAGUGUCCGGAUGGAAAGCUUCCCUAUGCUGCCUACGAAUUGAGGUGGCUUUUGUGGGCUGCUCUGGUGCCUGGCGUUUGCCCUUUGAAGAACUCCGUGCUGACCUUCCCCCAGAGGUGUCUUUGUUGAAGAGAAGGGCCGAGCCACGGACACAGGGGCUUCAUGGACGUGAGGAGAAAGAAUGGCCAGACAGUGUCUCUCUAGACUGGGAGCCUAAUCCUGAGAUCCUAGAUACUUCAGCAGGAACCCCGAGAGACAGCCGUAGAAGGCAAAGUCCUCUGUGCACUAAACUGGAAGCUCAGACACUACCAGGUGGGUUGGAACCAGCAAAGGAAAGUCCUGCAGCAGAGACUUGCAAGAAACGUCUUUCCUUGAACAGAAGCUUGCAGCGAAGGCCAGCCCCAUCCAAGAAAGCCCUCGCUAAACACCAAGACCAGGAAUGUAGUGACUGCGGGAAGACCUUCUUUGACCAUUCGUCACUCCUCCGUCACCAGAGGACUCACACUGGAGAGAAGCCCUAUGGCUGUCCUGAGUGUGGGAAGGCCUUCAGUCACAGAACCAGUCUCAGCAGACAUCUGAUGUCGCACACAGGGGAGAGCCCCUAUGAGUGUAGCGCCUGCGGCAAAGCCUUCUUUGACAGGUCAUCUCUCAUUUUGCAUCAGCGGGUGCACACGGGAGAGAAGCCUUUCAAAUGCAUCGAGUGUGGCAAAGCCUUCUUUGACAGGUCGUCCCUUACUCGCCACCAGAGAAUCCAUACUGGGGAGAAUCCCUACGAAUGUCAGCAGUGUGGCAAAGCCUUUAGCCAGAAGAGCAUUCUCUCUAGUCAUGAGCUGAUCCACACUGGCAAGAAACCGUAUAAAUGCAGUGAUUGUGGAAGAGCGUUCUAUUGGAUCUCAUCCUGUAACAGACACCAGAAGGCACAUGCCGGGGAGCCACACCAUCAGUGCGACGAGUGUGGCAAAGCUUUCUUCGAGCGCUCUUCUCUCACUAAGCACCAGAGGACACACACUAGAGAGAAGCCAUAUGAGUGCAGUGAGUGUGGGAAGGCCUUCGGCCAGAAGUGCCGGCUCACACUACAUCAGAGAGUUCACACAGGGGAGAAGAAACCCUUUGAGUGUAGUGUGUGUGGAAAAGAGUUCAGCUUCAAGUCUUCAGUUAUUGUGCAUCAGAGACGUUAUGCCAAACAAGGGACAGACUGACCAGAGGAGAAGCAUUAGCUCCACAAAGGGCCUUCCAUAAGCGUGCUAGGUCUCCAUGCCCUCUACAAACCCAGCAUUUGCUCCUCCUGUCUACUGUGGCUGCUGUCCUGUCCCACCUCUGCUCCACAGCGUCUGAGUAAUACCUGCUGUGCUACAGAACUAGUGUGGAGUGCAGAAGCUAAAACCCGAAUCCAGAUUCAAAAUCGUGGGCAGAACUGGUUGUAGCUCAGUGCUAGAAUAGUUCCUAGUAUACACAAGGCCCUGCUCCUAACCCCAGCACUGGAGGAGGUAGCUGGAGAGACUGUCAGCUAUAGGGCAUGUGUUAGGAGGGGAGCCCACAGACAUAACUCUAUGAGAACAUCGGCCCAUUGUCACUGCACUGAACUAGAUGCAGGCUGUUACAGGAGGGGAAUGUCCCAAUUAUGGGAAAACACCAUUUUCUCCAGAAGGUUCUAUAGUUUUAGUCCCUGUAAAGCUUUUUGGCAUACAGACAUUGUUGUCUUGAGCCCUAGCAUGCAGCCCUCCUGGCAGCAGUAGCAGUGCUAACACUUAUUAAGAGCUUAUCCGGGGUAAACACUCAGCAGAGAAUUGUAGCAGGGCGAGAUUGAGUGAUCUCUAACGGGUGCUCUUGUUGUCUCCCAGAGGAGCACCCUGAGGUCUCAAGAGACUAAGGAAUAUAUUCUGGGUGACACAAGGUGAAGCCAGGUGUCUGAGUUACUGUUCUAUUCUGUGUAGAGACAUGCUGACCAGAGCAACCUAUAAAAGAAUUAAUUAAUUAGUUAGGGACUUGCUUCCAGUUCCAGAGAGUGAGUCUGUGGCAGGGAGCAUGGCAAAAGAUAGGUAAGCAUGGAGCUGGAGCAGUAGCUGAGAGCUUACACCUGAUCCACAGGUAGUCUGCCUCGAGAUGGGGAGACACAGACAGACACACUGGUCUUGGCACGGGCUUUGGAAAUUUCAAAGCCCAUCCUCAGUGACACACCUCCUCGAACAAAGCCACACUCUGGGCUGCAGAGAUGGCUUAGUGGUUAACAGCAUUGGCUGUUCUUCCAGAGGUCAUGAGUUUCAUUCCUAGCAACCACAUGAUGGCUCACAGCCUUCUGUAAUGAGAUCUGGUGCCCUCUUCUGAUGUGCAGGCAUAUAUGCAGGCAGAACACAUUAUACAUAGUAAAUAAAUCUUUAAAAAAAAAGAUUUAUAAAAACAAAGCCACAUCCUUUCUAAAUGUCCCUAAAUUUCUAAACCGUAAUCCUUUCUAAACACUCCACCAAAGGGAAAUCAAACAUUCAAAUACAUCUAUGAGCUUCUGGGCACGAUUCUCAUUCAAAUCACCACAUUCCAGGCAAGGACAGGAUCAGCUGGCCCUCCUGCUGAGAAACAGGUCCUUUUCCUUUCUGAAUUUCACAGCUGAGCUCACUGAAGUUCAGGCAGAUUAGUAACACCCUAGACGGCACAAGGUGAAACCAGGUCUUUAGUAUGGGUCUUCCUCCACUGUUGUCUACUACAGUGUGAUCUUACAUUUUGUCUUAUAAUUUAUAUACCCGAAUUAUCUUCUCAGCUGGAUUGUAAGCACUUGGAGGUGUGAUUUUAAAGGUCUCUGAAUCUUACUCAGUGCCUUGCAAACAGAUGCUCAGUAAAUGUUUAUCUAAAUGAAUACCAAGGUCUCUGUUUUCAAACCUCCUUCCUCAGCGAGUUUCACAGUCCCACCUGUAGCAUUCCUGUGCUCCCCAGUCCCAGUUCUUCCUUCUCUAUUUUUCAAGAGACCAAGCUGUGGUACAGUAACAAAGAUGCCUCCAGACAAAGGCCUGUGUCUCCUCUGGAGUGUAGCAAUCUGUCCAUUCAGUCUGUACCACUUUGGACAAACACAUCACCAUGAAGAAGGAGGGGAAAGCUGAAAGAUAUUUCUAUCGUCUAGGUGCCAUUCUGAUCACUUCUGGAGUCAGAAUCCACCCCUGAAGGCUAGGAACACAAGCAGGCACGUUGGUAUUUGCAUGACACUAGAAGCCAUGUUUUGCACAUCACUUAGCUUGGUCUUUACACAUGGCCCCUUUCAGCCCAUUAUUUCAGAUUUAAAAUAGCUCUCUAUUGAAUAAAAUAUCUCUGGAUAUCUAAAAUCUUCCUUAAUAAAUUCCCCCAUCACCAAACUUGAGGUCCUGGUUGUUUCAGGGUAUUGGAUCACACUGUGAAGCUCCAAGACUGUGCUAAUAAAUUAACCACACUCGACUGUGAAGGGCUGGAGGAAAACAGUGACAGCCAAAGUAUAAUCUUUGAGAGAUGAAUGGAUCGGCCCACAUGCUAAACUGACAGCUAACCUAAUGGACUCACAAGAGACGAUCCUUGAGUUUGAGCUCCGCGGGCGGCACUCAGCCUCAAAGCCAGAAUUGACAUCCCCCACUGCAGCAUAUGUGAUGCUUCCUACUUUAUUUCUCUUCACCGAGUGGGCCAUAGCGGUUUUCCUGGUUGAAAGCAAAGUGCAGGUUGCUUCCUAUAAUCUCAAGCCCUUCGACCCAGAGAUCGCAAGGACACGCAUCCUGUCCGAUCCAAAUGGGAGACGAGGAUCGGGGGCCCAGCGACUUCUCGCCUUCCUUGACCACGAACUUCGCACACCCGAGAAAAAGCACCCUGCUUGCACGCGCUUACACUCUGGAUUCCAGCGCUCACUUGCCAAUAUGCAACACAGUGCAGGGAAACAGCCAGCAACUCAUACAGCUGCCGCCAUGCUGGAGCAGGAGCAACGACUCUGCCUGAGUCUGGGCCCGCCUUCCCCACGGCCUGCCGCAACAGGCUGUGAUCGCGCCUCGUCAGACAUUCGUCCUAGGCCCAAAGAGAGGUGUUGAGACUCGGGGAUCACCGUUCAGCGCACACGGGGGUCGAGAAAUUGUCCACACGGAACAAAAGGGAAAUUGAGUCAGGCUCAGCAACGGACAGCUUCCCAGGGGUCCUCGCGCUGGGACCCCAGGCAGGAGCACGGAGAGGGCGUGGCUAACUCUGGAUCUUUAUUUAUUUAUUUAUUUAUUUAUUUAUUUAUUUAUUUAUUUAUUUAUUAUGAAUACACUACUCUGCCUGCCUGUGUACCUGCACCUCUGAAGAGGGCACCAGAUCUCAUUGUAGAUGGUUGUGAGCCACCAUGUGGUUGCUGGGAAUUGAACUCAGGACCUCUGGAAGAAGAGUCAGUCCUCUUAACCGCUGAGCCACCUCUCCAGCCCUAACUCUGGAUCUUAUACUACUAAGUAAUGGCCAAAUCUCUCAGGUCCAAUUCAGGGUUGGAGAGUCUUUGGAAAGCCCAUUCUGCUGAUCCAGGAAAAAGUCUGGGAACGAAUCCAGGGAGUGAAGGAAACAAAGUUUAGGAAGUUAGUACAUAACUCCAGAAAAGACCUAAAGUUUAUUAAACCUUACGUUGCCUUUGAUAUCAGACUCAUUUUGUAUUCGUGGUAGAGGUUGUUCACACACACAGGGCCAGCCCUAGGCCAUGGAUUUUACCUCACCUGGUCAUGGCUUUACACGAUCCCUGCUUGCCCAAAUGAGUCACAUAUGAUGGUCCUGGACUCUGCCUUUGAAAGGUAAGCCUCGGACAAACUGUUUCUAAGUUGCCCUGGGCACAGUGUUUUGCCACGGCAAUAGAGUGGUAAUGCAGGCUUUCGUCAUUAACGUCUUCAGUUAUCUGCUGAGGCUUCUGCCUUUCCUGAGAGCAAUGGCUCUCACGCAUGUAUUGGCCACCUAAUGUCUUGGUGACGAUUUGAAACACCAAGAGAUUCUGGGAGAGUCCAAAUGGCGGUUGAUUGCUUGUGAGAGUGCCUUGGCUGCUUCUCAGGCAUUUUCGGCAUGGACUGGGAAAAGGCUUCAGUUCCUUCAGUGACGGUAUCCAUGAAGACCAAGAGGCAUUUGAAGAUUUGACAGGUGGGGAGCUCAGUGAACUACACCUUCCAAAUCUGUCUUAGU